GCUCCUCCUCCUCCUCCUCCUCCUGCCGGGGUCCGCUGUGCAGUCGGGGCUGGUGCCGUACCUGAGCGCAGCCGGACGCGGCCCCGCCAUGGCCGGCGGCCCCCCCGUGCUCCAGCUCUGGCUCCUGCUCCAAGCCGCCUGCCUCUGCUUGGCCCAGAUCCGAGGGCCUCCGGGAGAGCCCGGCCCGCGAGGCCCCCCCGGUCCCCCAGGAGUGCCGGGAGCAGAUGGCGUUGAUGGUGACAAAGGCUCUGCCGGAGCCCCGGGGUCCCUGGGUGUCAAGGGGGAGCCUGGAGCCCCUGGUCCAGAUGGGCCCGCAGGGAAGCCAGGCAUCGAUGGCCUGACGGGAGCCAAAGGGGAGCCAGGACCCAUCGGCGGGCCAGGAGUUAAAGGCCAGCCCGGACUUCCAGGGCCACCGGGGCUCCCCGGUCCUUCACUGCCAGGACCACCGGGGCUUCCAGGCCAGGUUGGGCUGCCAGGAGAGAUCGGAGCACUGGGACCCAAGGGUGACCCCGGACCCGACGGCCCGAGGGGCCCCCCAGGCCCUCCAGGGAAACCCGGCCCCCCGGGACACAUCCAAGGAGUGGAAGGCAGCGCUGACUUCUUGUGCCCAACCAGCUGCCCACCAGGACCUAAAGGCCCCCAGGGACUGCAGGGACUGAAGGGUCACAGAGGCCGCCCCGGUGCCCUUGGGGAGCCUGGCAGGCAGGGCGGGCAGGGCCCCAAGGGUGAUGUUGGUAUCUCUGGAGAACAAGGAGUCCCAGGGCCCCCGGGACCGCAGGGCUUGAGGGGUUACCCGGGCAUGGCAGGACCCAAGGGUGAGGCGGGUCCUGCUGGAUACAAGGGGAUGGUUGGGACCAUCGGCGCGGCCGGGCGGCCGGGUAGGGAAGGCCCCAAGGGACCACCCGGGGACCCUGGUGAGAAGGGAGAGCUGGGUGGCCGAGGUAUCAGGGGCCCCCAGGGAGACAUUGGCCCCAAGGGGGAGAAUGGUCUCCCAGGCAUCGAUGGCAAAGACGGGACCCCGGGUAUCCCAGGAGUGAAGGGCAGCGCGGGACAGGCCGGACAACCGGGAAUACCGGGACACCGGGGACAAGCUGGCUUGCCAGGCCAGCCGGGAAGCAAAGGGGGCCCAGGAGACAAGGGUGAAGUGGGUGCUCGGGGCCAGCCCGGUGUCACCGGUGCCCCGGGGCAGAUGGGUGAGCUUGGACCUCGCGGUGAGCAGGGACCUCCAGGUGUCCCCGGGGUGAAGGGUGAUCGUGGAGAACGUGGCCCCGUGGGUCCCGCUGGGGAGCAGGGGAAAGCGGGGCCAAAGGGCGAGCAGGGUCCACCGGGGAUCCCAGGGCCCCAGGGCUUGCCAGGAGUCAAAGGAGACAAAGGCUCCCCAGGGAAAAUCGGCCCCAAAGGCAGCACUGGAGAUCCUGGUGUUCAUGGACUUGCAGGACUGAAGGGAGAGAAGGGAGAAUCAGGAGAGCCAGGACCAAAGGGACAGCAAGGCAUCCAGGGAGAGCUGGGCUUCCCCGGCCCCACAGGGGACGCUGGUGCCCCCGGUGCCCAGGGCUACCCGGGCCCCCCCGGGCCACGAGGACUCAUCGGGGAGCGCGGGGUGCCCGGGAUGCCCGGCCAGCGCGGAGUGGCGGGCCGGGAUGCUGGGGACCAGCACAUCAUCGACGUGGUCCUGAAGAUGCUGCAAGAGCAGCUGGCAGAGGUGGCUGUCAGCGCCAAGAGAGCCGCCCUGGGAGGAGUGGGUGCCAUGGGACCCCCCGGGCCUCCUGGUCCUCCGGGGCCACCCGGUGAGCAGGGUCCACACGGACCCAUGGGACCUCGAGGUGUCCCCGGCAUCCUGGGUGCUGCUGGGCAGAUCGGCAACAUAGGACCUAAAGGGAAGCGAGGCGAGAAGGGGGAGCGGGGAGAAGCUGGCCGCGGCCACCCAGGCAUGCCGGGCCCCCCGGGCAUCCCAGGUCCCCCCGGCAGCCCGGGCCACGCUGUGGAUGGGAGGCCGGGCGAGCGGGGCGCGCCGGGCUCCCCGGGCCUCGCGGGCCGGCCGGGCCUCCCCGGCCCCACCGGGCUGCCCGGGUUCUGCGAGCCGGCCGCCUGCCUCGGGGCCUCGGCCUACGCGGGUGCGCGCAUGGCGGAGCCGGGCGCCGUCAAGGGCCCCGCGUACUGAGGAGGCACCGGCGCCGUGACGGACCUGGGCAGCAAACCCGCGCCGGGGCUGGCAG